UAUUGAACACUUCCUGGUGCGAUCGGGCCUCCACGAGGCUCGCAUGGGCGGCUCCGUGUCGUCUAUAAAUAUACAAAAUUCAGGCGAUUCAUCAGCCAUCGUUGAUCAGUAGCUACACCCACUUAUUAUUUUUCCUCUUCUCGGCUCCUGGCUAACUGAUUCUGCCGGAGGCCGUCGGGAGGAAGAGGAAGGGAAGAAAUUCGGAGGAAUGGCGAUGGGAAGGGGAGUCGCCGGCGCCGUUCGAAGGCUUGCAUCGAGGUUAUCUGCCUCGCCUGCUGCCCCGUGCAGGGAGCUUCAUGCUGGUGCUGGAAGCAAGAAGGUUGUCGGAGUGUUCUAUAAAGCUAACGAAUAUGCAUCUAAAAAUGCAAAUUUCCUGGGCUGUGCAGAACAUGCCUUGGGCAUAAGCGAUUGGCUGCAAUCACUGGGUCAUCAAUACAUAGUCACAGAUGAUAAGGAAGGCCCUGAUUGUGAGUUGGAGAAACACAUCCCCGAUCUGCAUGUUCUGAUAACCACACCUUUCCAUCCAGCAUAUGUGACAGCAGAUAGGAUCAAAAGGGCUAAGAAUCUGCAGCUGCUUCUAACUGCUGGCAUUGGCUCUGAUCAUAUUGAUCUAAAUGCAGCAGCAGCAGCUGGUCUCACAGUUGCAGAGGUCACUGGAAGCAAUGUUGUAUCUGUUGCUGAAGAUGAGCUCAUGCGAAUCCUCAUUCUUGUUCGCAACUUCUUACCUGGAUAUCAUCAGGUUAUCACUGGUGAUUGGAAUGUUGCAGCCAUUGCCCACAGAGCUUAUGAUCUUGAGGGAAAGACUAUUGGUACUGUAGGUGCCGGUCGCAUUGGAAAACUUUUGCUUCAACGCCUGAAGCCAUUUAACUGUAAUCUGCUUUACCAUGACCGACUCAAGAUGGAUCCAGAACUUGAAAGUCAGAUUGGUGCAAAAUUUGAAGAAAAUCUUGAUGCCAUGCUUCCAAAAUGUGAUGUGAUUGUGAUUAAUACACCUCUUACGGACAAGACCAGAGGAAUGUUUAACAAGGAAAAGAUUGCAAAAAUGAAGAAAGGAGUUCUGGUUGUUAAUAAUGCUCGAGGGGCAAUUAUGGAUGCCCAAGCAGUGGCUGACGCUUGUGCAAGUGGGCAAAUUGGAGGUUAUAGUGGUGAUGUAUGGUAUCCACAACCAGCACCGAAGGAUCAUCCGUGGCGUUACAUGCCAAACCAAGCCAUGACUCCUCAUAUAUCAGGGACUACCAUUGAUGCUCAGUUGCGGUACGCAGCUGGGACCAAGGACAUGCUUGAUAGGUUCUUCAAGGGAGAGGAGUUUCCACCACAAAAUUAUAUAGUUAAGGAAGGCAAGUUGGCAAGCCAGUACCUCUAGAAUGUUUCUCCAAGUCCAUGGUAAGAUAUUAUAGACAAUAAAAUGGUCACCUAAUCCACGGUGCCUCUUUGCGGCCAUCAAUCUGUUGCGUUAACUUCCUUGUCCAGUGGACUAUUGUGGUUUCAUGGUUUGCAUGUGCAGAUGAGCGAUGCACUUAACUGAAUAAGGAGACGAGUUUGAAUUUUGUGUUUUAAUCUUUCUUUUGCCCAAUGAACUGCUCUUUCUUUGUAUAAGCAAAUCAGAAAUGUCUUGUAAAUGGUUCCAUUCC